CUCUCCCCAUUAAAUUUACUAUAUUCAUUCGUCUAUAACAAAGAGAAGAAAUACACCCAUUCAGCGACGUGGGAUAUGGAAUGGGAAAAAGGGUUCUCAAUCUUGGGGAUUUUUUAGAUAAAUAAAUUAAUUAAAGAGAGAAAAGAAGAAGAAUCAGAAAUUGUACAGAGAGAGAGAGAGGAAAGGACUUUCAGACCAGCGGCUUGGUUGAAGGUUUUUGAUUAUCAAACCCCCAACUCCAGAAACCUCUAUCUAUCUCAUUUCUGUCUCUAAUUUUUCUUUUCUUUUCUUUUUCUCGCGCAAGAAAAAGGUAUCCCAUAGUCUGUGGAGUCAGGAUUGAUUAUUCAUUUGUCAUCACGAUCUGAGAGAGAAGAAGUUCAUUCGUAUGGUAUGGGGACUUGCUGGGCUUCUCCUAACAACCGAACGAUUCAAACCCCCACCACACCAACUGAACAUUUUACUUCUUCGGUGGCAUGUACUCAAACAAGCAGCAGCAACACCACUGCAUCUUCAGAUAGAAGCAAUGUCUCUGGGAACAGCCGAUUUUCAGCAGAAAGUGGCAGCAUUGAAUCAUAUCCCAAUGGGCAGAUUUUGCCUCCCUGCAAUUUAAGGACCUUCAGUUUCUUAGAACUGAAAAAUGCCACCCGAAAUUUUAGGCCAGACACAGUGUUGGGCGAAGGAGGUUUCGGCAAAGUUUACAAGGGUUGGCUUGAUGAGAAGUCGACUUCAAAGAGCAGUACUGGAUCAGUUGUUGCCAUCAAGAAGUUGAAUUCUGAUAGCGUACAGGGAAUUAAGGAGUGGCAGUCCGAGAUUGAUUUCUUAGGAAGGCUUUCACAUCCUAACCUUGUCAAGCUGUUGGGAUGCUCUUGGGAGGAUGAAGAGCUACUUCUUGUCUAUGAAUUCAUGCAAAAGGGCAGCUUGGAGAACCACCUUUUUGGAAGGGGCUCUGCCGUUCAGCCACUUCCAUGGGCCAUUCGGCUUAAGAUUUUAGUCGGGGCAUCUCAAGGCUUGGCAUUUUUGCAUGGAUUAGAAAAUAAAAUUAUAUAUAGGGAUUUCAAGGCAUCAAAUAUACUGCUUGAUGGAUCCUACAAUGCCAAGAUCUCAGACUUUGGGUUGGCGAAAUUGGCGCCCUCGGCUAGCCGGUCCCAUGUGACAACACAGGUUAUUGGCACAUAUGGGUAUGCUGCUCCAGAGUAUGUUGCCACAGGGCAUUUGUACGUGAAGAGUGACGUGUAUGGUUUCGGUGUUGUGAUGGUUGAAAUGCUAACUGGUUUACGAGCACUCGAUAUAACCCGCCCAAGUGGGAGACAUAAUCUGGUAGACUGGGUGAAGCCAUAUUUGUCCAACAGAAAGAAGCUGAAGAGCAUAAUGGAUUCCCAUUUGGAAGGGAAAUUCCCUUCCAGAGCUGCAGCACAAAUAGCUCAACUUGCUCUAAAGUGCCUUGCACCUGAACCCAAAAUGAGGCCAUCAAUGAAAGAAGUUGUGGAGGCGCUGGAACGUAUCCAAGCAGAUGAUGAAAAACCAAAGGCGCCUAGAAUUAAUUCCAGAGACCAGAUUGCCAAUCGACACAGACAGCAGCGUUUGCACAAAUGAUCUAUACCUCCCUUAUACAGGCCGGGAAUCAGUCCUACUGACUCCCAGCUUGAGCAGGAUGAGUACUUCAAUACUCUGUUUCCCAAGAAGAGCAGGUCUUGAAUCUGUGUGCCCCGAUAAUUUGUUCUUUUAUUCAUCCCCUUGAAAAUUGUGGCCAGAUUUGUUAUUCAACUGGUGCCCUCUGUUUACUAGAUGAGAUGUUAGCUUAAAUUUAACUAUUUCUGUUGGUUAGUCGACUUGUUCUUUGUAUACUUCCUCCUUGUAGAGUCAACACCAUGGCAUUUAUAAAUAGCUUCUAAAUGUUUUAUUCGUA